AUGAAAGGAUAUCAUUAUGACUCUAAAAGCAAUUUCUUAGUCAUGCAAAGAUGUUUUGAUAGCAUAUUGCUUGAUGAACAAGAUGAUCUUAGCCAUUUUUGGAAGUAUGCUAAUGAAGAUUUAUUUAAGAAAAAACAAAGGAAUUUCAAAAUCAGAGUGAUCGAAAGUUAUGAUUAUAACAAACUCAUUGAACAAGCCAGAACUAUGAUUGAAAUAAAUACAAACUCCACAUAUAUGUCUAAAAUUGAAAUUGAAUCUAAUUUUAAAUUUGCAUUUAAGACAUUCCUAAAAAAAUUGUUUGAGCAAUUAUUUGAAGCCAGACCACGAAGGAUUGAAAGUCUCAAUAAUGACGAACAUUAUCAAAGCAAUAAUCAUAAUUUAAAUGCCAACGGUAGGGUUCCUCAAGAUACAGGCCACUUACGCGAACAGUACUUAGAAGAACCAAUUAGAACCAAGGAAUUUCUUCAAAGUUUCUUAUCAUUAUCUGAAAAUGAAGUGGAAUCUUUAACCAAUUCUCAUCAAAACUUUAUAGAACAUUUAAACCAUUAUUGGCCAUAUGAUCUUAUUAAUAAAUUAAAUAAAUUUAAUUCUUUCCUUAAAGGAAAUGGAUACAUAUUUUUAGGUAAUAAGGGUGACGAAUCUCAAUUAAUGUUGAAUAUUAAGACUCUAAGAACAAAUGGAGCAAAAUUACCUAUAGAGGUUAUAAUUCCAUUUGAAGAAGAUUUUGAUUUUGAAUUUUGCAAUGUGAUUUUGCCAACUCUAGGAGGUACCUGUAAAGUCUUGACUCAUUAUAUUCAUGAAAAUGACUUGGAAAAGAUCCAGGAAAAUCAAUUAAGAUCACUAGCGUUGAUUAUUUCCUCGUUCAAAAAUGUCCUUUAUAUGGAUGUUAGUAACUUGGCCAUCAAAAACCCAGAUAUCCUUUUCGUUAAUAAACCAUUUAUAAAUAACCAUCUUGUUGUUUGGCCAGAUCUCACUAGAAGAUCAACUUCACCUUAUUUCUAUCAAAUUAGUGCUAUCAAAGUUGAAGAUACAAUGAAGGUUAGAAAUAGUUAUUUUUCAAAUGAUCCUAGGGGUAAUUCACCUGGAAAAUAUUCUUAUCAUGAUACAAAAGGAACUAUAGCUGAAUCUUCAAGUUCUGGAGAUGUAUUACUUAUUAAUAAAAAGGUACAUUUUAAAACUUUAAUUCUAGCACUAUACUAUAAUUUGUUUGGACCUAAUUUUUAUUACCCAUUAUUAAAUCAAGGUGGUGCUCCAGAAAAUGACAAAGAAACUUUUAUAGCUGCUGCACAUCAGUUAGGAUUACCAUAUUAUCAAGUUAAAGAAUUUCCCAGAGAGUUUGGGCCUUUGAAUGAAGCAAGACAUCAUGAGAUAUAUGCAGUAGGUCAAUACGAUCCAAUUGUCGAUUAUAUUCAGAGUCACGAAGAACUGGAAGGUGAAUUGGAAACAUUUAAGAUAGGAAAUGAGAAAUCCAACAGCAAAAGAAAGACCCAAACCAAGAAAACACAUAUAAAUAUGGACGACAACAACCCACUUUACGGGUUAACUGAUUUUCAUAAUACAGACACCCCAACGUAUGGGUCGAAUGCUCAAGAUUCUGCUAAAAACAAUUAUGACUACCAUCUUUUUAAAGCAUCCAAUCUUUUCUUUAUUAGGGCUCAAAAACCAAAGCUUGAUGUGAUGGAAACAUUUUUGAGAAAAGAAGAUGACGAUUUCAAGAAAAAAAUUAUUAAAAAGAGAUUAUUUGGUAAAGAAUUAAUUCGAGAAUUAAAUGGAUAUGAUUUCGAAUUAUCAAUCAUGAAAAAUCUUAAUUGGAUGUAUUGUGAAGCUGUUAAGUUGGGCUUCUUGGAGUUUCAAGAUUGGAAUAGUGAUUCACACAGAGAACUUUGUUCUGAAAUCAAUAGUCAAGUCGAAUUCUUAUCCGAUUCUAAAAAGAUGAUAUAUAAUUGA